AUGGGCAAUACAAAAAGUUCGUCGAAUAGAAUAGGAAUUAGUAUGAUUAAUCAGAAACGACCUCAACCAAGUGUAAAUAAACAUCAGAAUUUAUCUGAACCAGAUGACCCACGUAGUAAAUGGGCUUUAUCUGAACGAGAUAUUAACUUCCUGUCUUCACAAACCGGUUUAUCACAAGAUGAAAUUCGUAUAUGGCAUGAAAAAUUUUUCCAUGAUAAUCCAGAUGGUCGUCUUGAUCGCAAUGAAUUUCGUAAAUUAUACCGUCUUCUUCGUCAAGAAUGUCCUGAACGUGUAGACAAUAUGUGUGAUCAUGUAUUUCGUGCAUUUGAUGUUGAUGGUAAUGGUUAUGUUGAAUUCGGUGAAUUUUUACUUGGUUUUGCUAUAUGUUCACGUGGUGAUCUUCGAUCACGAUUAGAUUAUGCAUUUGAAUGUUAUGAUUUAGAUUCAAAUGGUUAUAUAACAGAAGAUGAAAUUGAACCAGUUCUUCGAGGAAUGUAUACUUUAUUAGGCAUAAAACAUAUUGAAGAUUAUCCACCGGACAUUGUUGCUAAAGAUUUAAUGACAAAAUUAGAUAUAACUAAAGAUGGACGUGUAACUAAAGAUGAAUUUAUACAUUUUCUUAUGAAAGAAGGAAUGUAUAGAAAUACGGUUAAUCCGUUUCAUUAA